AUGGAGCCGAAAACUACCAAGUUCAAGAGAUACCAAGAAGCUGCAAGGAAGGAUGUCGAGCGAGCAUUUGGGGUUCUUCAAGGUCGUUGGCAGAUUGUUGAGCAACAAGCCCGGGCCUACAGUGUGAACAAGGUAAAACGUAUAAUGUUAUGUUGUGUGAUUCUGCACAACAUGAUCGUUGAAGAUAACGGGCGCGUAAUUACAGAGUUUGAAGAAGAGUUGAUAGCUAACACCGUUCCCCCAACUCGUACGUGGUCUGAAAGGUGUUCAACGCAGCUUCGUAUGUACGGGGAGUUGCGCGAUAGAAGGACUCACCAUGAACUCCGCAAUGCUCUGGUUGAACAUGUUUGGAACCCCCCGGAACACGGCCGUCAACGUUGA